UCUCUAAUCGUUCGCCUCGAUCGUAGAUAUUUAUCGGCUACGACUCGGUUCCGAUUUAUCGAUCGGAAACACGAGUAGCUACUUCACGCCUCUAUUCUCGAUUUACAUCGUUCGCACGGAUACAAACACAAACGUACGUAUAACGAGCUUGGAUACGUCUUUCGUGUACCUAAUAAUUUCCUCGAAGCGGAAAAAAUUGGGAACGAAAUUGCAGCGUCGGGUAGCAUCAUCGAUCGAAUUCCCCCUGGUAUUAUCUGUUCGACAACUUGUCAUUUCUCUCCGAAAUCCGGUGAAUAUUUUAGAUAUGUAACGUACGCGCGUGUACGUGUGCACGUGUGUGUGCAAAGUCCGAAAGUUUUCCGAAUCAGUCAUCGCGCGAUUACUCCUUCGAACGAUAUGCUUCUCGUCCCGCGAAUUCUUCGCUCGUUCGCGGCGAUCGCUAUUGUUCGGGGAACGCUUGCGUUCGACUCGUUGGACCGAUUACUCGAGGACGCGAUCCCCAUUCUAUUUCCACCGGUCAGAAUGUCGUUGCAUCUUUGCCGACUCGAGCGAGAGGACGCGAUCGAAUUAUCCAAAAAGAUGUCGAGCAAGCGUUUCAUUCACGAGAUUCAUCGGGAACUCGAUGGAUUCACGGCACGGAUGCACGAUAUUUGGGAGCAUCGAGAUUUGUACGUGUUGGAUUUGAAUUGCGAUUAUGCGAUUCCAUUGUUGCGAGCGGCGAACGAGACAGGUAUGCUCUCCGCGCCGUUGAAAUGGCUGCUGCUUCGAGAUCGAUCGUCGGUCGAUGGAGAUUGGACGGACGAAAGGGAAACGUUGAAAGGCAUGGCCGUAUAUCCGGACAGCGAAGUGAUCGUUGCGAGGAAGAGAAGGAACGGCGUCGUGGAGAUAAGGUCCGUGUACAGACCCAGUCCUUUCCACGAGGCGAUAGAGGAGGAUAGAGGAAACUGGACGAUCGAACAUGGCGUAAGAAUGCCAAAUCUAUAUCCCUCGUCGCGACGAAGAAGGGAUCUUAGACGCACGCCGUUGAAAUCCUGUCUCGUGAUGACCGAUCCCGAUACGAUCAACCAUUUAACUGAUUACGAAAAUAAGCAUAUAGAUCCAGUUACGAAGGCCAAUUAUCCUUGGAUAAUGCACAUAGCGAAUCGUAUGAACGCAACAAUUAGCUUUCGCGUAACGGAUAGCUGGGGAUAUCGAAGCGAGAACGGAUCGUGGAGUGGUAUGACGGGGAUGUUGCAACGUAGGGAAAUCGACAUAGGCGGGACGGGAACUUUCUUUAUUCCACAACGUAUCGGUGUGGUAGAUUAUAUACAACUUUACACACACACCAGAGCGUGCUUCAUCUUUCGUCAACCUUUACUGUCCACCGUCAGCAACAUAUUCACGCUACCGUUCCAACGAUCCGUUUGGAUAGCGAUCGCAGUUUUCCUCUUGCUGCUACUCGUAUUGCUCUGUUUCUCCACCAAAUGGGAGUAUCGAAGGGGUGCAUCGGCGAACACGGCUCGAUAUUGGCAGCAAUUCAAUCCAGCCGAACAAACGGUUAGCGAUAACUUGAUGGUUGUAUUGGGAGCGAUCGCGCAACAAGGAUAUUCUUACGAGCCGUAUCGCGUUCCCUCGAGAAUCGUUACCUUGAUGCUUUUGAUCGCAGCGCUUAAUUUGUACGCCUCUUACACGGCAAAUAUCGUCGCUCUGCUUCAAUCAACCACCGACUCUAUCAAAACGCCGGCCGAUCUGUUGCACAGCCCGUUGAAAUUGGGCGCUCAAGACGUGGUAUACAGCCGACACUUUUUCAAGAGUUUUCAAGAUCCGAUACGAAGAGCGAUAGUCGAUCAAAAGAUCGAGCCGAAGGGACAAAAUGGUUCGUGGAUGUCAGUCGAGGAAGGUGCACGCCGCGUCAGAAACGAACUGUUUGCGUUUCACGCGGAACGAGGCGCCCUCUACAAGAUCAUGCAGGAAACGUAUUACGAGGAGGAGAAAUGUGGGAUCAUGGAAAUAGACGUAAUGAACAUGUUGGAUCCGCUUCUGGUCAUUCAAACUCGAUCCCCGUAUUUAGAGAUCGUCAAGAACGCAGCUCUUCUAUUGAGAGAAACCGGGCUUAAAGUUCGCGAAGACAUCCGAUUGUAUACGAACAAGCCCAAAUGUCACGAACGCAAGAGUUUCGUUAGAAUAGGUUUCACCGAGUGUUACUUCGCGCUGGUCGCGUUAGGUUAUGGGACGCUUCUCAGUCUCGUCGUGUUGGCGAUCGAAGUCGUCUGGCAUAAAAAAAUCCAGCAAAUUCGUUGGGAUCGAACAUCGAGGAAUAACGACGCCAUGACUAUCGCGACGUGGAGCAAAGCUGUUCCAUUCGAAUUCGAAUUUGAGGAGGAGGACGAGCAUCCGAUGACGAGAGAGGGGAUUCGAUCGAUAACUCGACUCGAUUCGAUGAACCUACGUAAAAACCAUGAGGUCGAGAGUGCACUCGGAUUACGUAACGAUCGACUCGAGCACGAUGUUAUGACGCAUCGACUCCAUGGUAACGAUGGAGGAAAAAGGAAACGGAGAGAGGUAAGUGUCGCGUUUUCCAUCAUUCAAGAUAGAACGAUGUCGUUGUUCAAGACGAAAGAAUGGUGGCAAACGAAAUGCGGAGCGGACGAGAGUUUCGACAGGCACAGCUUGAUGGCAGCGCCGUUAUUCGGGAAAGAAAGGCACCACGAUAUCAUUGUGGUGACUAGUCACGAUGGUUACCUAAGGAUGUACGACCCGUCCUCUCAAUGGAUAGAUGAAACGAAAUCGCCGACCAACUACAAAUCGACCGAUCUCAUGAUCGAAACGCGAAUCGGCGAUUGCAUCGUGGACGUUAAAACGGGCAAAUUCGUUUCGGGAUCGCAGGAUCUGCGGUUAGCCGUAUUGACCGAUUCAAAGUUGCUCGUCUACGACAUGAUUCUCGUCGAAGGAUCUGAAACCGAAUACGGGGAUCGAUGCGAGUUGAGAAUCAAUUACGAGCAUCGAUUGCCGAGGUUCCCGGCCUCGUUGACGGUUGGGCCGUUCGGCGGGGUCCGCGGCAGGGAUUUUCUCUGCGUCCAGUGCCUGGACGGCACCCUUUUGUUCUACGAGCAAGAGGUGUUCGCGUUCAGCCAGACGACGAGGAAUCAAUUGCUGGCCGAGCCGAUCGUCUACGUAUCCCGAUACGAUCUCUUCGUGGCCGCCACAUCCUCCUGGAUACUCGAAUGUCACAGGCAAGUGGAUCCCUUCUAGCUAGCUUGAAAUUGGAAGAACUUUGAACACUUAGAGUUUGUGCCCAGGUAUCAAAGCAUGGCCGAGUGGUCGAGGAUCGGUCAAAAAGGCGGGGAGGAGGGGCACGGAAGAUCCAGCAGCAGUUUGGAACCGGAUUGGACGUUCAACAUCGGUGAACCGAUCCUCGGCAUCGAGACCGUCACUUUGACCAGCUUCGAGAUCGGGAUCGUGGUACUCGGCGAGAGACACCUCUAUUGUCUAAAGGACAACUGCGCCUCGAUCAAAUACGCGAAGAGGCUCGAGUACAGGCCCGUCUGUUCUCGAGCAUACGUAAUCGAACCGGACGGGAAAUUGAUGGUGCUGGUGAUCGCGGACACGGGUACACUGAUGAUCUACGAGGGAACCACGUUGAAAUGGUCGGCGCAAUUGCCCUUCACACCUGUCACCGUGGCCAGGGCUCAGCUUCGGCACUUGGAGGGCGCUGUUGUCGCUCUAUCGGCGGACGGUCGGUUGGAGGCUUGCUACCUAGGCUCUGAGCCGAGCUUGUUCGUCGCCCCCCCCCUCCACCCGCGGGGCUACGAUUACACGGCCGCGGAACGAGAAUUGUCGAAGCUUCGAGAGGGCGUGCGCGCGAGGAAGGAGGAUCGAACCAGCGACGCUGGCGCUGAGGCGGAGCUCGUAGUAACGAUAAACACAACCAUGGCCACGGAUUCGUCGCCCGUUUGCGACCUCGUCGUACAAUUGUCCUCGUACGCCGCUCUACGAGACGUUCAGGUUUGCGUCCACGUUUCGAAACCUUUGCUCGCCAACGUCGAUUUCUACACCGUGGCCAACCUCUACGAGAAUCACUCGAGGAGGACGGCGGUGAGGGUGGAAGGGGAUUGGCCAUCGUACACGACGGACGUGACAGUGGUGGUCACGUACAGGACGGACGAGGGCGCGCUGCGAGCCGUGAGAAAAAUCGGCCAAAUACCGAUGAAAAUGACGUUGAGAAGCUGCCCGCCCGAAAAAUCCUCCUCCUUCGUGACCGUGAUCAAAAACAACGCUCCGUCGAUCCUCCCCUUCACCCAAUUGUUUCCCGAAUUCGUAUGGGCGGAGGAAUCGGCGCAGAGGCAAGGUUGGAACGCGGUGGGGCUCGGCCACGUGAAUUCGGAUCGCAGGGUAACAGUGGUGUCGAGCGUGGCGAAUAAUCGUUACCGCGUCCAGUCGAACGACGACGCGUCGUCCACGGCCCUGAUCGUGCGCCGCUUGAUCGACAGAUCGGCGAGGAAGAGGGGGGAGGGGGGGGCGAACGUGGGGGCGAACGUAGGGCAGAACCACGUUCGAUCGGUGCAUCAGAGGAUGGACGAUCAUUUCGCGGCUCGGCGAGAGAUCGAGGAGAUAACGAACGAGAUCGGGUUGUUGAUCAAUCAGUUGAGAGGUAUAGCGAGAAAGAUGGUAAGGAUCGUGCGAGAGAGGAACGAGCGAUCGUUGACCGACACCGGGUUGCCGUUCCUCUUCGAAUCCACGUGCAGCUCCAUCUUCGCGCGGCUCGAGGAUCUGGCCGAGGCACGAGCGAAGCGAGAGCGAAGCGGCCACCUGCUUCGAUGCAGCGUCGAAUUGUUGUUGGCGUUGGUACGAUUGAACGCGGCCGAGGACAGGUACGAGGCGCUGAGGUCUGUUAUAGGAUUCGAGGCGUCGGAUCGAACGGAUUGGGAGGAGAUCGCGAACGCGGGGCUGGCCGCGUUGCUGAAAUCCGUGUCGAGGAAGGGCGGUGGAUUUUCGGAUGCGAGAUCGUGCACGUGGACCGGCCUGACACCCGUAACGUCCGAGAGAGAGAUGGCGAAACUGAAGACCCGGCUGAGCCACGCGAUAGGACGACUCGGCGCCACGAGGGAAUCGGACAUCGCGGAGAUCGAGAACAACGAUUUUCCUCCGGAAUCGGCGUAGCCGAAGAAGAAGAAGAAGAAGAAGAAACCGAGGCCGAGUGAUUCGUCCAAGUGAUUCAUCGUGGCGCCGCGAUUCCGCUUUCCCGACUGGUUAAUUAAUGGCGAGGAUGACGGCGAGGCGAGGCGAGAGAGAGAGACAGAGACGUCCGAUCUCUCUCUCUCUCUCUCGAACGCGAUGAUUUAAUCGGUUCGAGAAACGGAGACGCUGCUUUUUCCUUUCGCUCGCCCGGAUCGCGCGGAAACGCGGCGGUUUCCGAUCGCGAGAGGAGAGGAGGAGGGGGGAGGGGGCGAUCGAUCGGAGGGUUAAAAAGGAGGACGGAAAACGAUUGUAGCGAUUGUAACCGCCUCCGGAAGCGAUUGAUUGCGAACGCCGCUAAUUAGCUCGCCAUAUACCGAUAAAACCUGCCCCCCCCCUCCCCUCUUCGCCUCGUCGCCUCUUCGCCGCUUGGCGAGCGAGAACGGCUUCGAGCCGCCCCUCCUCUCCCCUCCUCUCCCCCCUUCUGCUCGGCCAGGCUGAAGCAGGAUACGCGGCUCGUUUCCGGAAACGCGAUCGAGAUUACGCGCCGACCAUACGCCGCAACCUUCUUCCUUUUUCACGGUUUCGAGAUUGCGUCGCAAUCCGAUCUCAACAACGUUCAACUUGGAGUUUCAAUUUCGUUUCAAACGAGGGAUCCCGAACGAAGGAAAAUUUGAAAAUUCUCUUCUUCGAUCGUUCCAAUUGAAUUUUUCUUGCGAAUCGCGGCCGAUCUCUCCCAGGCAACGGUCGGAUUGCCUGGGACGAGGGAGAAAGCUCGUUUAACGGAUCCAUAAAUCAUCGGUAAGCAUCGGUAGUGGUCGAGAGAAGAGAUAAGAUCGGGCGAGAACGCGUUAAACGACGAUUAGCAACGGUGGUCCAAGGUCCUCGAGAAGCGAACGGCCUGUAAACCGUGUGAUGAUUAUUCCGUGGAAAAGCGAGAAGUUGCGUCGUAGAAUUGGAAAAGAAAAUAAAUUUCGAGUCAGAAAAUGUCUGUUCAACGUUCGAGCCCGAGUUUAUUUCGAAUAAAUAUCCCGAUCCGAACUAUGUUUACGAUUCGAGCGUUUCGUGGAUGUGUAUAUACUUUGCUAGCGUUGGUCGCGCUACGCUAUUGAGCGGCGGGGUGGGGGGAAGAGAAGGAGAAGGAGGAGGAGGAGAAGUAAUGGACGACGAAACGUUCGUUUCGAAAGAGUCGAGAGAUAUCGCUCGCGGGGCACGACGAUAUAUACCCGCUUACUCUUCAGCCUCGACGUCUUCGCGUCGACACGUAGCGACCGAUUCGAAGGAAACGUCUCGCGUCGUAAGCGAAAUUUCUCCAGGGACCGUGCCAUUCGAGAUUUUCACACGACCUUGGGCUCGUUACGCGAAAGAAAGCAAAAGCGAUUGCUCUCUCCGUUCCUCUUUCCCCUUUUUUUUUUUUCAUCUUUAUACCACCAGAUAUUUUUUCUCCACAAAUCCAUCUUUGUAACGAUAUAAUAAUAAACAAUUGAGUUUGAAAGAAAGAUAAAAUUGA